UUUAAUAAGAAGGCUGUGCUUUUCUGUUUACAUUUAGCACUGUUGAUUUCUAUGUUAGUAAUAUUUCUAAUCAGUUAUUAAGAAGAGCGCAUUGAAAAAUGCCUAACAUUUUGGCAGAAAAUGCUGAUUCAUCAAAACCAAAGGAAUGUGUGUAAAACGUAUGAUAAAACUUUUGCUUUCAAAAAUGUUACCCUUAAUGUCAUGUAUAUCAGUCCCUCAUCCUCAUUUGUGAGACUCUUAACUAGCCUAAAAAUAUGGAUGCAAUGUUGGAGAAGACUGAAAUGAGCAGGUCAAUUUAGCUAUAAAGUUAUUUUCAUCUUUACCACAUCCAGGAAGAUGCACACAAAUAAACAAACAACAGUGUUCAAUUUACACAUUCUUCUAGUGUCAAUGGUUAUAAAUUGAUUGUGUGUAUUAAAAUACUCCAAGUAGUGCAGGCAUGGGGGAAACUUUCUUUUGGGUUGGCGGCCACAGGCAUUUCCACAAUCCGCUUGCACAGCAGAGUUUUGGGGGGCCCAGGCUAGUAGAAUUUGUGUGUUCUAGCACCAUGGGGAAUAGCAGGGGAUCUGGAGUGCCAGCACAGGCUCCCCAAUGGUUGGGGUAGAGAGCCCUAAGCCUUAGGGGGCCAGUUCCAGGCAAGCCAGCGGCUGCAUUAGGCUCCCAGACCUUAGGUUCCCCACCCCAACUUAAACCAUUUAAUAGCUGGUGUGCAAUGUUUCACGUAACAAAAAGACAUGGAAGUGCUCUUCUAGAGAAAGGAAUAUAUGUUUGUUCCACUCCUUGUUGAAGAUAUAACUGCAGUUAGUAAGGGUAAAGGUGAAUGUGGGGCACACUGUAAGCUGUAAAUUGCUCUGUUAAUAGGUUCAGUUUUAGUGCUGCAAACAAAUAUGCAAUGUGCACUGUAAUCAUUAUCCUUAAGUUAAUUAUAGAUUGUCAGUUGUUAGGACAAGAGAUAAUCCUGAAAUAUUGCAGUAAGAAAAAUUCAGUACUGUCCAGUACCGCUGAGUAAUGUUUGGUAGACAUUACAAGAUCUCACAUAUGGCUUUUUAUUGCAGAAAAAAGCAACAAUAUAACUAAAGUUUUAACAGGAUUCUGUUCUCACUUACUUUCUUUCACUGUGUCUUCUGUUAACAGGAUUGCAAAGAGUUUUUUUGACCCCGAACAUCAUGAAACAGGCAUGCUGGAACAGUAUGUUAGGAUUGCAUGUCCCUUAACUAUCUACCAAAACUGUUUACUCUGGCCAAAAUCCAAAUGAGUAAAAUUCUUCCACUUAAUAGAAUGAUCAAGAUACAGAAACUGAAUGGAAUCCUACACAAUUAUGACAGAACAACUUCAGGUGGGCCUGAUCAGUGGGACCUGUGUUAUUGUUGGUACAGUUAUUGGCUCAGGCAUCUUUAUUUCUCCAAAGUCAGUACUUGCCAAUGUUGGAGCUGUGGGACCUUGUUUAAUCAUCUGGUCAGCCUGUGGAGUUCUUUCUACAUUAGGUGCACUAUGUUUUGCUGAGCUUGGCACAAUGAUCACAAAAUCAGGGGGAGAAUAUCCUUACCUUAUGGAAGCAUUUGGUCCUAUUCCAGCAUAUUUGUUUUCCUGGACUAGUUUACUAGUCAUCAAACCCAGUGCAUUUGCUAUCAUUUGUCUCAGCUUUGCAGAAUAUGCUUCAGCGCCUUUUUAUCCAGGCUGUGACCCUCCUGUAGUUGUCAUUAAGUGUCUUGCAGCAGCUACCAUUGUGAUUAUUACCACAGUGAAUGCAAUGAGUGUGAAGUUGGGGAGCUAUGUUCAGAAUUUUUUCACUGCUGCUAAAAUGAUCAUUGUCUUAAUCAUUAUUGUAAGUGGAAUUAUUCUCCUUGCACAAGGAAAAACAGAAAAUUUUAAAAAUUCUUUCAGUGAUUCUAAAAUUUCUGCUGGUUCUAUCAGCUUGGCAUUUUAUAAUGGACUUUGGGCCUAUGAUGGAUGGAAUCAACUCAAUUACAUUACAGAAGAACUUAAAAAUCCUUACAGAAAUCUACCACUUUCUAUAAUCAUUGGAAUUCCAUUGGUUUCAGUUUGCUAUGUUCUGAUUAAUAUUUCAUAUUUCACAAUAAUGACUCCAACUGAACUUCUGCAGUCUCAGGCAGUUGCUGUGACAUUUGGGGAUCGGGUCCUUUAUCCAGCUUCAUGGAUAGUUCCUCUCUUUGUGGCCUUUUCUACAAUUGGAGCAGCCAAUGGAACCUGUUUUACAGCUGGCAGACUUGUUUAUGUAGCAGGUCGUGAAGGACACAUGCUAAAGGUGCUGUCUUACAUUAAUGUUAAACGUUUCACCCCAGCACCUGCUAUCAUAUUUUAUGGUACUGUUGCUAUUUUUUAUAUCAUACCUGGAGAUAUUAGCACACUCAUAAACUACUUUAGUUUCGCUGUCUGGAUAUUUUAUGGUUUGACUGUAUUUGGACUCAUAGUUAUGAGAUUUACAAGGAAAGAGCUCAAACGACCAAUCACAAUACCUAUUGUCAUUCCUAUCAUAGUGACAAUGGUCUCCAUUUUACUAGUUUUGGCUCCGAUCAUCAGUGAACCUGAAUUGGCAUAUCUCUACUGUGUUUUAUUUAUGUUUGGAGGACUUAUAUUUUACGUCCUUUUUAUUCAUUUUAAAUUUCACUGGGCUCAAAAAAUAUCAAGGCCCAUCACUAUGCACCUUCAGAUGCUUCUAGAAGUUGCUCCACCAGAGGAAGCUCCACCAGAAUAAAAGGAGUUGAUUUCCAGUAGCCUAUUUUAAAGUACUAUAAUGUUUGUGAAGCAGCUUGAAUGUUUAUGCUUCUUAAAUUCAGAUAUUUUCAUCCUGAUGUGCAGUUUUAUUUUUGCAACAAUUAUAAUUUAUAAAAGUUUUCAAUAUUAUCUUAAGAAUGCAUGAAAAUAAAAAAUGUUCUAGAUCUGGAUGGCCUCACUGUUUUCACUGCUAAAUAUGUUAUGGUAACUGAACAUAUUAGCAGAUUGAACAGACAUUAUAGGGACUGUAUUCAGCAAUGGUAGCAGUAAAUAAAGAGAA